CCUAAAUCUACGCCGUGCCUUCGCCUUGAGAGAGGUUCCGAGUCCCAAAUCUGGCGUCAAAGUGGGGAGGAGGCACGGGAAGCUGAAGUGGGUGUCCUUCCUAGGCCUAAUAACACAGCCGCCCUUGCCAAAGGGAUCGGACGGUUACACUUCUUGCUCUGGGCACCGUUGCUCGCUGUGUUUUUCACCACUGUUUCCACCUACCUUAUAAAUGGUCGUUACGGAAUUUAUUGCUUGAGGCGCCACCAGAGAUUAGCGGUCCAAUAUGUCCUACUUGAGAUCUACGUACCGGUCCAGCCGGUACAGUGAAGGACUGUCGGAUGACUCCUCUUACACAAGGUCAUCGGGAAGAACGGCCAGUAGUUUGGACUCGGAAUUCAGCAGCAGCAUGUCAGCUUCCCGCCGCGCGGCACGCACCACCUCAUACGGAACCGAUGAUUCUUCUUACCCCACGACCACUGUCCGUCGUAGCUCACGACUUGGAUCGUCCACAUUCGAUGACGAUGACUUCGGCACGAGCGUGCGCAGCGGGCGCACAGCGAGAUUGCUUUCUCGAGACGAUGACGACCUCGGUAUCACGUCUUCUAUCAGCCGUCGCUCUUACACUGGGACGAGUGAUACGCGAAAGUCCUCAAUCUCGUCCUUGACUGAAUCGUCCCAUGACACUUCGUCUUCGAGGGCUCUCCGAAGGCUCAAAGAUGAAGACGCUGAAGAGUACACAAGCAAGAGGUCCAAACUCUCGUCGAGGACGUCUUCGAGCGACAUCAGUGGCUCUCACUCUACCAUGUCGUACUCGAGCAGGAGAAUAUCUGGUUCCAUGGAAUCCAGCGAGCUUGGAUCGAGCUCCUAUCUCAAAGCGUCAAAGUUUACGUACAGCGAUUCUGGUGCGUCGGAAACCAGGCCCGAAGUGUCCGCUGUUGGCGAAGUCUACGAAGCCAUCAUGGCUUACAAGCCAUUAUCGGGGGACGAAGAAGGCGUGCCUCUGAAGGAAGGGCAAGAAGUUGAAGUACUCGACACGUCGAUGCCAAGAAAAUGGCGAAUACGAACGAAGUCCACCCAUACAGGGGUGACUGUGGAAGGCUGUGUUCCCUCCUGCUACCUCGAGAAAAAAGAAGGCGCUACUGUUGAGCAAGCACUCAGCCCCAAAGACAAGGAGUCGUUGGCUAAGAGGGAAGCCGUGGUGAAAGAACUCGUAGAGACAGAGGAAGACUUCUCGAGAGAUAUGCAGUACGUUGUGAAUAACUAUCUGAAAGAAAUGGAGAACCCCAGCAUGCCCAAGGAACUUAAGGAGCAAAAAGACGUCCUUUUCAGCAACUUCAAAGACAUAUCGGAUUUCCACAACACAGAAUUAAUAAAGGGCGUACAGUACAAUGCAAGCGAGCCUGCAAAGCUGGGUGUCACGUUCUUGCGCUUGGAAAGAGACUUUGACAAACACGUAAAAUAUUGUGCCGAAGCUCCACGCGCACAGGAUCUCUUGGCAAGUGGCCCUCUGAAAGAAUAUUUCGACGAGUUUAGCAAGCGUGUGAGUGACGACAAAUCCUUGUCCGAUCAUCUCAAGCUUCCCAUUCAAAGGAUUAACGACUACCAGCUUUUACUAAAGGAACUCAUCAAAUACACACAGCGCUUAAAGGAGGACGCUUCAGAUUUGCAGAGAGCAUUAGAUUUCAUGCAGGCGAUUCCACAAAGAGCGCACGACCUGCAGCAGACUCUGGCACAGGAGCCCAGCACUCCUAAGUGGAGCAGAGUUUUGAAAGAUACUGGCGAGAUGGAAAUACGUGAACAAAAGGAAUCGCUGUCUGAAGAACUGAAAACAUCCAAAGCCGUGAGCAGCUGCAUUGAAGAAACUACAGUUGCUGAGGCAUCUUCGACGAAAGAAGUCCGCCAUGAACGCACUGAAAGCAAAUCCGCUGAAUCUUCUAAGAGCAGCGAAACAACGGCGAAGGUGGACAUCGUUGAAGGGUUUGAAGCUUACCAAGAGGCCACAACCGCGACCAGUGCUAUUGCUGACAGUCUUCGUUCAACAUCCAUGACGUCCCUUGAUGAAAUAAUGUCACUGAGUUCUAUUCCUGAAGACGAAUCUGUUUAUUUAACAGCGUCUGCGAAGGAUAGCUCAGAGAAGCCCAAGUUCCUCAAGUCAGUUCGCGGCCUUACGUGUGCAGAGAGAGACGACGUAACGCUCGAGUGUGAAAUAGCAUCGACAGAGACUCCAAAAGUGACGUGGCUGAAAGACAACACGAAUCUUGCGGACAGUCCACAUAUACAGCAGAAAAGUGAUGGCGGAAAAUAUUCUCUCGUGAUAAAUGGCAUCACCGUGGAGGACUCUGGAAUGUAUACUGUUCUAGCGUCCAACUCUACAGGGACAGCAUCAUGCAGUGCUCCAGUUUACGUCAAGACAGGUCUCACCGUUUCUAAGGGCGACUCGAGGCCCACCAGUCCUGGUGGCACCGUGCUUCCUCAUGCCCCUGUCUUCAAGGUAAAGCUAAAAGACACCGAGUUACUGCAGGGAACGUCGGUGCGAUUCGAACUCGUCGUGCGAGGUUGCCCGGAGCCAGAGGUGACAGUCUACAAAAAUGGCAAAAUUUUGAAGGAUGACGAUCGGGUCAAAGUCGUCUUCGAGAACAAAGAAGUGUUCGAAAUCGUCAUCGACCACAUUGACUUCCAGGAUGCUGGCGAAUACUCUUGCGUCGCCGUCAACAGUGAAGGCAGAGAUGAGACGACCGGUCGCAUUACGGUUACAAAAGACAAGAUAUUAUUUCAAGGCCUCGGUGAUGAUGAGCUGGAAGAACUAUCGGCAAUGUCACCACCGCCGAAAUCUCCGGCUUUCCGUUGGUUCAAGGAUGGUCACGAAUUUGAAGCCAGCGAAAGGUUCCAAGUGGCGUUCGAUGACGCUGAGGACACCUUAUCCCUGGUUUUCCAGCACGUCACUCCCGAAGAUGCAGGACUUUACACUUGUGUGGCUAGCACAUCAAGUGGCAAAAUUUCCUGUAGUGCUGAGCUGACCGUGCAAGGCUCCAUAAUUAAAAAGGCACCUGAGGCUCCUACCAUUACCGCUACUCUCACCGAUGUUGAAGCCAAUGAGGGGUCAUCCGCGAUGCUGGAACUGAAGGUUGCGGGCUAUCCAAAGCCUGAGAUCCUUUGGAAGCAUGACGGGGAGGUAAUUGAAGCAGGUGGAAGGUACCGUUUCUUGUACGAAGAUGAGGAGACCAUAACUCUUGUGAUCAAAAACGUUCAGAAGAGUGACGCCGGAACAUACAGCGUCACUGCCAAGAACGAGUUGGGAAGCGCCGACACCAAGUGCAAGUUGAUUGUUCACUCACCUGCUGCCUUCAAGAAAGAGCUAAAGGACGUCUCAGUUAUGACUGAUCAGCCCUUAAAACUGGACGUCGAAGUUCAAGGCACUCCGUCCCCAGAUGUCAAAUGGUACAAGGAUGGCCAAGCCCUAUCUGACAAUGGAAGGGUAAAAAUAUUGCACCCGACUGAAGAUAAACACGAAUUAGUCAUUGAUCGUGCCCAAGCAGAAGACUCUGGCAAUUAUUCGUGCGUCAUUAAGAACUCCACUGGCACGCAAACAGGAUUUUCAGCGGUCUCUGUGAAUGCUGCACCCAAGAUACUCAAGAAACUCGAAAACUACGAGGCAUGUCAAACGGAAACAGUUUCAUUUACAACGAAGUUCUCUGGCAACCCAAAGCCUGAUGUUUGUUGGCUCAAAGAUGGCGAAAAGGUGACUGUGGAUGGGAGAAAGCACAAAGUACAGGAAGAAGAAGCCAACGUCUGUACCCUGGUGAUAGAGGAUACGCAAAAGGAAGAUGUCGGAGAGUACACCGUGCGGAUUGCGAAUGACUACGGGACAGUUGAAGACAGCGCCUCAUUAACCAUUAUACAGAAGCCUAAGUUCACGAAGAAGCUGUCUGACGUCGAGUGCGAGGACGGUGACCUCAACAUCAAGCUGACUGUUGUUGUUGAGGGUGCACCUGCUCCAAAAAUCAAAUGGUUGUUCAAUGACGAAGAGAUAAGCGAAAAUAAGGACUACAGUUUCCAGUCCGUAGAGGAGAGCGGCGAGCACACGUUGGUCAUUAAAAAGGCAAAACCGGAACUAGCUGGAAAAGUUACGUGCGAAGCAAAAAAUCCCUCUGGGAAAGAUGCAUGCAGUGGCAGCGUUUCUGUCAAAUCAAAACCGAAAAUCAUAAAGGGCUUGGAAGACGUGGAUGUUGAGGUUGGUCAAGAUGCCACGUUCUCUGUUAAACUCGCUGACGCAAAGGAUGUUAAUGUUAGCUGGUUAAAAGACGGCGAUGAGCUCACCAUUGACGGCGACCAUCUCUACGUAAAAAGCGAGGCUGAUGCUUCAUUUACCCUGCGCAUCAAAGACGUCAGACCAGAAGACGCGGGAAAAUAUGGCUGUGUCGCAAAGAACAAAUAUGGAGAAGAUAGCAGCACUGGACGCUUGGGCACAAUGAGCAAGCCGAAAUUUUUAGAGACUCUCGUCGACGAAGAAGUUUCGGAAGAGCAAGUUGCUACGUUCUCAGCUGAGGUGGUGGGCUCUCCUACACCAACAGUUAAAUGGCUUCACAAGGGGAAAGAAAUACACGAAAAUGAAUAUUACGAGAUGUUUAUCGAUGAGGAGAACUAUAUGCUCAAGGUCAAGAACCCCCAGAGAAGUCUUGCCGGAGAAUAUACUUGCGUAGCAGAAAACAAGUGUGGGAAAGAGUCUAGCUCUGCAAAGUUGGCUGUUCAUUGCAAACCAGAGAUUAUCGAGGGCAUGAAGGAUAUCGAAGGCGAAGUCGGCGAAACCGUUUCGUUUACAGUAAAAGUAUCUGGCUCUCCAGCACCUGAGGUUGUUUGGAAUCAUAAUGGGGAAGAAGUGACAGUGGAUGCUACAGUAAAAAUUACCGAGGACGCACCAGCGUACACGUUGGCUUUUGAUGGUCUUACUAUAACCCUCGCCGGCGAUUACGAAUGCGUGGCCACCAACAUUUACGGCGAAGCAUCAACUGCAGGAAAGUUAACUGUGAAAUACAAGCCUAAGUUUGAAAAGCGACCGGAAGACACCGUGGUGUACACUGGGGAAGAGUGUGUGUUUGAAGCAGUUGUCUCCGGAGUGCCAACACCCGACGUCCAGUGGCUGAAGGACGGACAACCGAUUUCUUACGACGACCGCGUGAAGGCAACUUCUCAUAAGGACGUCUACCGACUUGUCGUUAAAGGAUGCAAGCUUAGCGACGCUUCGACGUACACUUGCACAGCCAAAAAUGACGUUGGCUCAGCGUCGUGUCAGGCCGAUCUCAAAGUCAAGUGUGCCGAAGACUCAGAAGCGCCAACGUUCAUUCGCCGUAUGACGGAUACUCUGGCAGUUAUUGGAGACAAGGCACGCUUGGAAGUAAGAGUAGCUGGGAAGCCAAAGCCUACGGUCACAUGGUAUAAAGAUGGCGAAGAAGUUACUGAAAGCAGGCGCAUCAAAAUUAGAGAGGACGACGACACUCACAGCAUCACGUUAGACGACGUUGUGGCCGAGGAUGAGGCCAAGUAUUCGUGCACAGCCGUCAACGAGAAGGGUGAGGCUGAAGACAGUGCAGCCCUAACCGUAAAAGAACCCGUUGCUCCAUCUAUCGACGGCCUCUCAGAUGAAACCGUUAGCAUUGGAUUGGUGGCCAAGUUUGAGGCGAUUGUCACGGGCCUUCCCGCUCCUGAAGUCGAAUGGUUGAAAGACGGUGUGAAAGUUAAAGGUUCCGACAACGUUGUCUUGUCGUCGGACACCGAGAGUGGUUCGCACACUCUUGUCAUUCGCCGAACUGGGGAGGACGAUUUUGGGAAAUACACGUGCCGCGCAACAAACAGCGCCGGAUCCGCUGAGGCAGAUGCUCAACUGAAUAUGAAGGGUGAAGCCCCCACAUUCGUAAAGGAACUGACUGACGCUAAGGUCAGUAAGGGUGACGACGCCACAUUUUCAGCGCGUAUCAAAGGAUACCCGACACCAACUGCGACAUGGAUACUUAAUGAAAAAGAAAUUGUGGACUCCGAGAAUGUGGAAAUCGCUUGCAAGGGAGAACUAUACACCCUGAAGAUCCGUGGCGUGGAUGCAUCAACCGUUGGCACCGUGAUCUGCAAGGCAAAGAAUUCUGCUGGGCAGGCAUCAUCAGAGGCAACUCUAUCGCUGGAAGUAACCUCGCCAGUGAUUCAAAAGGAACUCCCAAGUCACGUGGACGUGACGGAGGGUGAACCUCUGAAGCUCGAGUCUAAGGUCGGCGGUGAACCACUCCCUGACGUCAAGUGGCUCAAGGACGGAAAGCCAGUAGUACCCGACGAACACAUCAAAUUAGAACAGAGCCCAGAUGGAAAUGUCGCACUAAUGAUUGAGAACGCUAAACCCGAGGAUGCGGGCAAAUACAGUCUCGUCGCAACCAAUGAGAAGGGCGAUGCAGGUUCUGCCUCAGAUGUCGCAGUAACUCCUGAAGAAGCCAUCACACCAAGAGCAGCCCCAGUGAAACCCAGCUUUGCCGAAGGCAUAACACCCGCUAAAGUUGAGGAAGGAAAACCUUUCAAGCUAGAAGUCAAAGCUGCUGGUGACGAACCAUUGGAAAUUGAAUGGUUGAAGGAUGGCUUACCCGUUACACCGGAUGAGCACGUAAAGAUUCAGAAGUGUCCUGACGGGAAGUCUGUCCUGUCCGUUGAUGAAGCAAGGCCAUCUGAUGCUGGAAAAUACGAAGCAGUAGCGAAGAAUGACGCUGGAGACGCCACAACAGAUGGAGACGUGAAAGUAAUUCCAGAAGAAGCUGCUAAGCAGAAAGCAGCACCGGUAAAACCAAGCUUUACUGAAGGUGUGAAACCUACUGUGAUUGAGGAAGGAAAACCAUUCAAGCUGGCAGUCAAGGCCACGGGAGAUGAACCGCUAGAAAUCGAAUGGUUGAAGGACGGCGUACCUGUUACUCCGGAUGAGCACGUGAAGAUUCAAAAGGGUCCGGACGGAACAUCCGUCUUGCGCGUUGAUGACGCAAGGCCGUCCGAUGUUGGAAAGUACGCUGCUGUUGCCAAGAAUGACGCUGGAGACGCCAAAACAGAAGGGGAUGUGAAGGCUGCCCCAGCACCUGCAAAAGAGGGACCUAAGUUCCUGUCUGGUCUGCAAGAUACCGAUGUGAAGGAAGGAGAGCCCCUGCGCUUGGCUGCCAAAGUUCAGAGUGACACUCCAUUCACACCUAAGUGGCUCAAGAACGGCAAACCCAUUACUCCAGACGGUCGUACAAGAUGUGAACAAACUCCGGAUGGAACAGUGAUUCUCGUCAUCGAAGAUGCCAAGCCUGAAGACGCCGGUUCAUACCAGCUUGUGGUUGCCAACGAAGAUGGCGAAACAGCUACAGGUGGAGAUGUAGCAGUUCACCCCGAGGAACUAUCCAAGCCCAAGCCAGGCUUAGUGAAGCCCAAGUUCACUCAAGGCAUUUCACCUACGAUGUUCACAGAAGGGAAACCAGCCAAGCUGCAGGUUGAAUGUAUCGGCAGCCAACCGAUCAAUAUCCAGUGGACAAAGGACGGUAUUCCAGUCGAACCCAGCCAGCAUAUCAAGAUCGAAGCAGGUCCUGAUGGAACGUCUGCUUUGAUCAUAGAUAAUGCCGUGCCGUCUGACGCAGGCAGGUACGCCGCGCUGGCUACAAAUGAGGCGGGAGAGGCAAACACAGAAGGAAAGGCUCUUGUGACUCCCGCCGUGAGCCUCUCCGGAAUGAAGCCAGAGUUCACUUUAGAAGUGAAGGGCGCUAAUCUUCUGGAAGGCCAGCCUCUGAACCUUGUCGGCAAGGUUAAGAGUGACACACCGUUUACAGUGAAAUGGCUAAAAGACGGCGAAGAGCUUACUCCUUCCGACAGGAUUAGCGUGACCCAAGAACCGGACGGAACAGUCGUUCUCUCAAUAGAGCAUGUUCAUCCAGAUGACUCUGGAAAGUACGUCUGUGUUGCCACUAACCCCGAAGGAAGGACAAGGUCCGCCGGAGUGGUAGAAGUUGCGGAACUGCCCAAGAGCAAACCGGAGAUAGUAGACGAGUUGAAACCCGCAGCAUUCAAAGAAGGUGAACCAGGAAAACUAGAAGCUAAGGUUACAGGCGAACCACUCCCCGAUGUCAAAUGGAUUAAAGACGGCCACGAACUGCCAGAUGACGGCCGUAUCCGCUCAACAACAUCGCCGGGUGGAGACGUGGUACUCUCUAUUGACCCUGUUAAGCCUGAUGAUGCUGGAAAGUACUCUCUUGUUGCUGCCAAUGACCAGGGAGAAUGCAGAACCACAGCUCCGGUCGUUGUGAACCAGCCACCAAUCUUUAAAAAACCACUGGAGCCCGUUGAAGUGGUGGAAGGUUAUCCUGCCAGGUUAGACACGAAGUUGACGGGAGAGCCUGUACCAGAUACUGAAUGGAAGAAAGACGGAGAGCCUUUAAUCCCUGAUGGUGACAAGGUUGUCGAAACAAAAACACCCGAGGGAGAUGUUGCCCUUGUUAUUCCAAAGGCUCGACCGGAAGAUUCUGGAACAUAUUCCUGCAAGGCGAAGAAUCCUUUCGGAGAUACAGAAACAAAAGCGCCACUUAAGGUUGUAGGAGCUGAUACGACCGGACAACCCGAAGAAAAGCCCAAAGUGUCUCCUCUGGACGAUGUUAACGUCUUGGAGGGUGAACCUUUCGCAUUUGAAUCCAAAGUCACAGGCACUCCCCUGCCAGAAGUCAAAUGGUACCUAGACGACCAGCCUGUCUUACCGUCAGACAACAUACACGCCACCUUCGACGGUCGGAAGGCUCGACUGUCUGUCAAGAAGUCUCAUCCGAGCCACGCUGGCGUGUUUGAAUGUAGGGCAAUGAAUCCUGUUGGUAAAGCAUCUUCUUGCGGAACAGCAUCCGUUACUGGAAUGUCCAAGCCAAAGUUUACCAAACGACUGUCUGACAUGGAGGCGCCGCACAAUCAACCUCUUCAGCUGCAGUGCCGAGUUACUGGUCAUCCUGAACCCGAGGUUACCUGGUAUUAUAACGAAAAACCAAUCGAACCUGGCUUGAAGUACAGUAUGACCAGAGACGGCGACCUUUGCGGAUUGACCAUUCCUUGGCCUCGUGACAAGGAUAGUGGUGUAUACAAGUGCCGGGCAAAAAACCCUCUUGGGGAAGAUUGGUGCGAUGCCAAGGUUUCUGUAAGGGACAAAGCUGAGAGAGGUGAGCCUCCAUCCUUCGUGAAGCGGCUUAACAACCUGGAUACACCUGAAGGCAGCACGGCGAAGUUCACAGCCUGUAUUGCGGGAACGCCGUUCCCUGAAGUAAAAUGGUUUAAAGAUGGCGAAGAACUGCCGCUAACCAACCGACAUCGCGUGGAGGUGGAGCCCAACGGACUUCUGAGACUGAUCAUUCGUGAUGUACGUCCAGAAGACGCGGGCGAGUACCGAGCUUCCAUCUACAAUCCUCAUGGAAGCGACUCUUCAAUCGGCAGCCUGCGUCUCGAGAUUCCUGUUGGCAGAAGGAAACAACGUCCUACGGCAGACAGGUACCCAAGUUACGAAAAACCAGAACCCAGUAGUCCUUUAGAGUCAAAGCCACCUGAGCUGAAUGGUUAUGAACCCUAUCCAGGAGGUCGUUACACGCAUGAACCUCCCAGUAGCCCCCAUGAUCGUCGUGACCUUCCUCAACCCUCGCCGUAUGAGCCCGUAGAGAGGAUGCAUGAGCCUGGUGAUGUAACUCAACCCUCGGCCUACAAACCUGUAGAACCCCAUGAUCGUGGUGAUCUUCCCGAGUUAUACCCGCAGAAGCCCGAUGAAAGACCUCGUGAUCGAGACUAUCCACCGGCACACUUAAUACGCGAAAGACCCAGGAGCCUUGAUGCAAAAGCGCCAAGCUCACCUUACGAUGAACCAUAUGAACGUGAGGAAGCACCGCGUGCUCCUCACGAGAAACCAUAUGGUCGUGAUGACCAAGCAACUCGUCCUGUCUACGACAAACCCUAUGAGCGUGAUGAAGAAGCACCUCGGUCCCAAUACGAGAAACCACGCGAUCGCGAUGCCGAGCAGCCACCGCGGGCACCUUACGACAGACCUUCUGAGCGCGGAGAUCAAAGACCUCACCUUGGGUACGAGAAACCCUAUGAGCGUGAUGAAGAAGCACCUCGGUCCCCAUACGAGAAACCACGCGAUCGCGAUGCCGAGCAACCACCGCGGACACCUUACGACAGACCUUCUGAGCGCGGAGAUCAAGGACCUCGUCCUGGGUACGAGAAACCCUAUGAGCGUGAUGAAGAAGCACCUCGGUCCCCAUACGAGAAACCACGCGAUCGCGAUGUUUUAUCCGACCAGCCACCGCGGACCCCUUACGACAGGCCGUCUGAGCGCGGAGAUCAAGGACCUCGCCUUGGGUACGAGAAACCUUAUGAGCGUGAUGAAGAAGCACCUCGGUCCCCAUACGAGAAACCACGCGAUCGCGAUGCCGAGCAACCACCGCGGACACCUUACGACAGACCUUCUGAGCGCGGAGAUCAAGGACCUCGUCCUAGGUACGAGGAACCCUAUGAAGGUAGUAAAGAAGCACCCCGGUCCCCAUAUGAGAAACCCCGCGAGCGUGAUGCAGUUCCGGAGUUCGCUACAGGAAAACCAUAUGACAAGCCUGUUGAACUUAGUAGGAAAGAACCCUCGCCAAGCAGGCCUUACCGCACACCAGGUGAUACAGAUCGUGUCACAAAUGUUCCAUCUCGUACCCCUUAUGAUAAGCCAGAAGAACGCGCAAAGGGUGCUCCUGAUGCUUCUCGCGUACCGCAGUAUGAGCGACCUGACAAAACUGAUCGCGAACCUUACACUAGUAAACCUUACGGGCGACCAGGAGACCGUGAUGGUAUAUCGGAACCUUCUCGCUCGCCUUAUGAGGCGCCAGACGACCAACGCGAUCGUUAUGAGCGUCCAUCGGACGUACCUUCCAGCAGACCAGAUGUGGAUCACCACAAAACUGUUCCAUCAGAAGCCCCGUCUAGAAAGCCAUACGAUCGUCCCGAUGCUUACGAGGCUCCAUCGCGCCCGCAGUACGAAAAGACGGAUGUAGGCGGACCGCACCUUGACCGCAGACCUGACGAUCGCAAACCCGAUGACCGACACGACGAACGUAACGGUAUUCCAGGAUCCGAACCUUAUGCUCGUGAAACUGAACCCUACGACUAUCGCACAUUCCCGGACGUAGGCAGGCCGUACGAAAAACCCGAAGGUCAAGGCUGGGUCCCACAGCCCACUCCACACCGCGAUGAUAGAUAUAAACGCCCACCGCACAAACCAUAUGAUCGUCCCUAUGACAGAGAACCAACAGAUAUCCCGUCGUACAAACCUUUCGACAGACCCGAGGAUCAUAGAGACCUAUACGAACCUCGUGACAGGCCCCACGACUAUGCAAACGAUUACCAGCCUGCUGAUAGACCGUCUGACCAUGACAGGUACCAUCGUCCGGUACCUCACAUGCACUCAGAUAUACCCCCCGUUCAUGGCGGCGACUAUACCCCAUUACCAACCUUCAAGCCAUUUGACCGCCCUGAUGUCUCUAUGCCGUACCGUGGACACCCUCCCAUUAGUGAAUUUGAACCGCCGACCUAUGAAAGGCCACGCCAUAUCUGUGAAUAUGAGCCGUAUUAUACAGGUGUACCCUCUCCCCUCUCGGAUACUCCACAUAUACGUCGCAUGAGUGAUCGCCAUGUGACCAUUGGAUGGACGCCUUCCAUACCACGUGCGCCGCGAGUACCUGUCACGUACAUACUGGAAAUGGCUUCCCAUCCAGACGGUGAAUGGCAUCCAUACCAAACGGGCAUCAAGGACACGCAGCUCGAUGUCAGGGGUCUGGAGCCUUUCAAGGACUAUCGCUUCCGUGUGAAGGUAGCCAACAAGCACGGCGUGAGUGCUCCAUCUCCUCAUGUAGUCGCCCACCGUAGUCAACUCAGAGGCGAACCACCUGUGCCCAAAGAUUUCAAACCAAAGGACUACGAGAUUGAACACCCGCCGCUUGACAAGCACGGUUCUCCUCCACGAUUCUUGCGCCGUGAGGAAGAUGUCAUAUAUGGCAUUCGUGGCCACCCGGUCAGCAUUGAAUUCUGGGUCUAUGGACACCCUCAACCAGAUGUCACGUGGCAUUUUAAAGAUACAAAACUGGAGAAAGGAGGUCGAUACGAUUCCUUGCAAGAUCGCAACGGUCAAGUGACGCUGUUUAUCACUCGCAUGACUGAGGAAAACGUCGGCAGUUACACCUGCUGCGCUGUCAAUGAGCACGGAGAGGCAAUGAAGAGUAUUUAUCUGGACCUAGCCGAGGAACCUGUGUUCACAAAACGCCUUGAGCCAACUACCAUUAUGGUUCACCGUGGGGGUCAGCUCCAGUGCCGCGUCAUUGGUAAACCGUACCCCAAGAUCAAGUGGUACAAAGACUGGCACCCCAUCGCCGAUUCCAGCAGAACCAACAUCAUUUGGGAAGCACCCGAUGUGUGCACAAUGACCCUGAAUGAGUCGAUCAGUCGUGACGCUGGCUUGUAUUCCUGUUCAGCCAGUAACAUUGCUGGCACAGCCUCUUGCUCCGCUACUCUCACAAUCGAAGAAUCAGAGGAUGAGUUUGCAUUCAAGACUUACCGGCAGCCGCGAGUGGUGAAACCCCGUUCCAAACUUUUCGAAGAGUACUACGAUAUUGGCGACGAGCUUGGCAGGGGAACGCAGGGUAUCACGUACCAUGCCGUGGAACGUGAAAGCGGCAAGAGUUAUGGGGUCAAAGCAAUGCACGGCACAGGACGAUUCAAAGAUUGGAUGCGGCACGAGCUCGACAUGAUGGGACAACUGUGCCACCCAAAAUUGCUUCGCCUCUGGGAUGCCUUCGAAACGAAGCAGUCCAUGUCCCUCAUUACAGAUUUAUGCGGUGGUGGAGAACUCCUGGACAACAUCACCAGUCGCGAUAAGCUCUCUGAACAUGAAAUAGCAAACUACAUUCGUCAGGUUCUCGAAGGAUUGAACCACAUGCAUUCCCAGAAUAUUGCUCAUCUUGGACUUACGCUUGGAGAUGUUUUGGUAACGCACAUCAACGGCGAUACUAUCAAGAUUGGAGACUUCUCGCUUGCAACUCGUCUACAUAAAAACAAGGAUUUCAUUCAAGAGUACGGUCAUCCUGAAUUUGUGGCGCCUGAGAUCGCCCACAAGCGCCCAGCGACUUUGUCAUCUGAUAUGUGGAGCGUCGGCGUGAUGACGUACAUCUUGCUCAGUGGCAUUUCCCCAUUCCUCGGUCAGAAUGACCGAGAAACGCUCAAGAACGUACAGAAUGGAAAAAUCAAUUUCCUAGAUGACAGUUUCGCUGAAGUUUCGGACGAUGCCCGCGACUUUAUUGGGAAGUUACUCGUGUUCGAGCCUAGUGAAAGACUUAAUGUCAAGGCCGCCCUCGACCAUCCCUGGCUAAAGAUCGCUGAAGUUCCUGAUAAGGGAGACAGUUUGUCAAAUAUUGACAGGCUUAGAGACUACCACAAGAAGUGGAAGAGUUGGUAUGCCAACGCCUCCUGUCGUCGCUGCUACAGACGUCGACCGCUUGAAUCCUGCUUUACACAUCCAAGCAGGAUGAUCUACCCGCCAGAUGAGGUGUACACUCCACCAGAAAGCCCUGCACGUGAGAUAGGUCGCACCAAGGUGAAGCCUUCGCAGUUCGACGAGACUUAUGCCGAGAAAGUCACCCGAGAGCCAAUUGACAUUCGCUCUGAAAGCAACUACCAAGGCGGUCCAGACACCUAUCUGCUACAGCUCCGCGAUGUGGACUUCCCACUUCGACUUCGCGAAUAUCUGAGGGUUGGAGCCAAGCGUAGUCCUAGCUUGGCUGCAAAUCUGCGUGAAAAGCACUGGGGUGGUUUCCAGGCGUUUGAACACUCGGAGAGGAACACCUACCCACAGGUAGUUGUGCGGGAGCGCAGGAAGUUCGUCGAUGUCAUGGACGAAGAAAUUGACGACGAGAAGAAGGGAUUGUCCACUCGAACUAUGCCCUUAAGGCUUCAGCGAGAAGUGGGGAGCUUGGGAUACACGCAUCAACAACUCGAACAUCUCAAGCAAGAGGCGAUGAAGGGCAAGCGGCCAGUUGAAAUGACAACAGAAACGGCACCUUACUUCCGGGAAAAGAUACAAGACUGCGUCAUUCGAGAAAACGAUGAGGCAGUGUUCAAGUGUUUCGCUGUCGGUAAUCCACCCCCACAGUACAGUUGGUUCAGGAAUGAUGGCCUACUCAUAGAAAGCAGCAGGAUACAGUUUAAGAAGAGCCCAGAUGGCAGAAUUGAACUCCACCUCAAUCCCGGCAAAGCGUACGAUGUAGGGGUCUUUAAGUGCGUUGCCAGAAAUGCUCGCGGUACUACAGUAUGUCAUGCAAGAUUGAGAGUUGGGGGUCGGCCUGGUCGUCCAGAGCACCCUGUCUGCGAACAGUGCUCUUCGAAUCAAAUCUAUGUUCACUGGUGUAAUCCAAAAUACGAAGGAAAUUCAAGAACCCUUUAUUUCUGUCUCGAAAUGAGAGAGACGGGUGCAACAGAGUGGACCAAGGUGUCGGAGAACAUUACUCACGAAUUCUGGGUCGUGCAUGAUUUGAAGCCAUCGACGUCGUACGAAUUUCGUGUAAGCGCCAAGAAUCAAUUCGGCUGGAGUGAGGUUAGCAUACCGUCCGAUCCCUGCACGACCGAACCCGAAGGUUCUACUCAAAAGAUCAAAAUUUCUAGAGCACACAAAUUCCAGCAAGACAUGGCUGAAAGAGGGCAGGAAGCCGGUGUAGGCGCAGAAAACGGCACGGCGAUAGAUUACAGCCGAGAAGAUAACCCUGUGCAACUUGCUACAGGCGGCGUGCAGGAGCUUUACAAUUUUGUUUCUGAAGUCUACGUUGGACGCUAUGGCGGCGUAGUAAACGGAUGGGCGAAGGAACAAAAAUGCUCAGCAUCUCUAAAGGCUGUUAUCGCCAGCUCCGACAUCGAAUCAUCUGCGAAGAGGGAGUAUGAAAUCUUAAAAUCUCUAUCCCACGAGCGCGUCGUGUCCUUGAUGACGGCCAGCUUCCACGACGGCCUCGUCAUAUUGGGCUUGGAGAGACUCCCAGGAGUUGAUAUCUUGACAUACCUCACCCUCCGUCAUCAGUACAAUGAAGAUACUGUGGCACGCAUAAUCAAGCAGGUCCUUGAUGCCGUGGAAUACCUGCAUUUCCGUGGCAUGUGUUACGUCGAACUCCAGCCCGACAACGUUGUAAUGACGGAUGAACACACAUGCAACGUCAAACUCGUCGAUUUCGGGUCCGCCCAAUUCAUUUCAAGACCCGUCUGCGAACGACCGCAAGCUGGAAGCCUGGAGUACCUACCCCCCGAGGUUUUGAAAGACCAGGAACUCUCUCCGGCUACAGACAUUUGGGGCGUAGGAGUUCUCUUGUACAUUCUAGUCAGUGGCUGCUCACCGUUCCUUGGAGCGGAUGACGAAGACACGAGAAACAACAUUCUAUACGUUCGUUAUCAUUUCGACAAGCUGUACAAAGAAGCAUCCACGGAGGUGACGAGGUUCUUGAUGAUGCUCUUCAAGAGGAGGCCUGAGAAACGUCCCACGGUUGCUGAGUGCCUCGAAAACAAGUGGCUACUGCCUAGUGAAUUCAUGCUGAGGAAACGGGAACACUCCGUGUUUACGUCAAGCCGCCUUCAGGAAUUCGCAGCAGAAUUCCAUUCGAAGAAAACGAAAGCCGACACGAGGGAAAAACUAGUCAAGUUGCUAGGAACGUCGUUCUCGAGAUCGGUGUCCUUGGAUACGGAUGUAAUAGAAGAAUACUAAAUGCUGCAGGCAGAAGAAGGGCCAAAGGAAGAAAUAACUCCAUCUGAGUUAGACCUUGGCUGUAGGACACGUCACUUGUUCAUGUUAUAGAUUGUCCUACACAGGUUGGACUCGGCGUUUCGCAGACUCAUAGAGGCGUACGAUCUCUUCCUUUUUCUUCUUCUUCUUCAUCUACUAUGACAUUGUUUCACGUCAAAUUUGUUUAGCCUUAACAUUUCGUAAUGACGUUUAUAGUUUGCAGCAUGACGGCUGAUCUGUGCUCUGUAUAGCUCUCAGGUCAGCGGUAUACGUUUAUUUUAUUCGCCGAUGCCGUAAAAGCACACUCUGUGACAUACUUUGCAUUUAAUAGCUUGCUUACAACGUAACGCAUUUGCAGCAGAAUGAAACGCACACUGUGGAGUUUUUACACUACUUUCGGUGGCAAUUACUCGUAUAUACUACCCCGGAACGUUACAAGUUUGUGAUCUAUGGAUUUGUUUUGUGGUUUAGCGAGUGCAAGGAAGAAGACAAAACAACGAAUGCAUUUCAUUCUUGUGUCUUUCUUUUUACUGUCUAUCUCUUUGGCAGAAGCUCCCUCUCUGCUGACGUUUCUUUGGCAGUUGCUUUCCAGUGGAGUAUAUAACUACCUCGCUACAUGUUUCAACAUAACGUAUACUUCAGAAAAUCAAAAUAGAAGGCAACUCAUGAAUUAAUAUUGCGCUGUGUCUGUUGACUCAUUAAACCCAUUGAACGAAGCUGGUCUGCCUCGUCGACACGUAUAUACGUUAUGAACUGAGGGAGACGGCCACCGAAUCGCAGCCUGACUUCAUGGGAGCGUUAGCCAAUAUGCUAGACAAACGUUACAUUUUUAAUGGCAGAGUGACUCCUGCAGGUUCCCUUUUCUACCUGCAGCAUGUUUUUUUUUUCGUUGAUCCAAUAAAGAUAUAUUUGGA